AUGAAGGCAAAAACGCUGUUUAAAUGGAUCUAUGAACAAGUGUUGCAUUACAAUGUUUUCAUGUUAGAAGAGAAUGAUUAUGAUGACAACAUAGAUCCCACUGUUGCUCUGAAAUAUCAAAAAUAUAAAACAUGGUUGUACACUGCACUCAGAACAGUAUGUUUCUACGUUUUAUUAUAUGUCACUCUGAUCAAAAUGGAACCGAAAACGAUGGCUGUUUCCAACAUAACACCUGAUCUCUUUGCUAAAUUGCAUUCUCAAUAUGGGCGAACUCUUUCGUGUCCGUGCAAGACAACGACCAUACCGUAUAAGAAUUUUCUCACACACAAUGUCACUGUGCAUCCUGUGUGUUCGAGUGAUUUUGUUGAGUGGCCCUGGAUUGAAGGACUGUAUUUUGAGAACACAAGUCAUUACGGCGGUUGCGAUUUUCGAACAACAGCUCAUUCGCAGUUUAAAAUUUUAUCGAAGUUUUGUUCACUUUCGAAUGAAAUGAUUGCUCAGAUUCAAACAGACAUCGCCAACACCGAUUUAAUUUCGAUUGAACUCGGUUUCGAAAUGGAAAUUCGAAAAGCGGUUGACGGUUUCAUUAAAUCGAAAAGGCAAAGUGUAUCCGAUCAAAUGAUAUCAUUUCUGAACUAUUUGAGAACGACAACUCAAGGAUAUUUUCUAGUUACGGCUCUCGGCACUAAUUUGAUACUUGGAUUAGGAACUCCCGAUUACGUCAAAUUACGAAUGUAUGAAGCACCUGUGACCUUUCUUGACGCAGAUGGGCUCAGGCGAACCUGCGCCGUCGAAAGUCCAAUGGUUCCAGCUGCUCUUCCUCGAGUACCCAGCGAGCUUAUAUGUACCUAUGAUAGAUCUACAAUGACACUAAUGAGUGAUUCUACAGUUGUUCAAGGCUUCCUUGUGGGAUGCACUCCCCUUGAAUCACUUCUUGCAAGCAAAUUGGAUUGUUUAUAUAAUUCACAAUGUAUCCAACUGCUGUUCGACUAUUUUCCAGAUCUAAAUCGAAAACAUGUCAACCCAAUUCUAUCAUCCCACUAUCAAAAUAUUUCCAUCAUGAAAUAUUUAGAAGUUCUUUUCGUUGAAGAUUGGUCACCGGACAUUGAUUUUUCAUCAUAUUUCAAUCGAUGUUCACCCUCGAUGUGUACAUACACAAUCACAGGUCGCACAAAGUUUCUGUCUCUAUUGACCCUAUUCAUUAGUGUUUAUGGUGGUCUUACAAUUAUACUACGUUUGAUUGCAUCGUAUUCUUUUGGUAUUAUAUAUAACUGGAAAACAAGUCCAGAUUAUGAACGUAAAAUACUGUUGACAAUAAUGAAAUCGAUAAAGAAACUGAACCUGUUCAAAAAUACUCUUGAUCGAAGUGAAGAUGGUGUCAAACAACAACGAAUGAUCACUCGGGUUUAUUUAAUUUUAUUAUUCGGUUCAAUAUGCUCUCUGUAUCUAUUCGCUUCACUUCGCAAGGCAUCAGUCACGACACUUGAAUCCAAUCCUGAACUCGAAACUUACAAUUCAUUAGAAUCGAUAUACUCUGCAACACUUCGAUGUCCAUGUGCGAAUAAAGCAAUACCUUACAACAAUUUUCUCUCGUUUUCUCCAGUGCUUCAUCCCAUAUGUUCCAGUAGCUUUGUUCACCCAACUUGGAUUAGAAUACUGAAGUCGUCGUAUUAUCCUAUUCCCCACGGUAAUGACUGGCGGCAUGAAGCACAUAUACAAUUUCAGAUCUUGUCUGAUCUUUGCCAAUCAGCCAACAAGACAAUUAUUGAUGCCAUUAGCCGCUUUCUCAACCAAUUUUUUAUUGCAUCAUCAAUGAUGAAUGCAGCAGAUUUUGCUAAGCAGCUGAACGCAACUCUCGAGCAGUUUUAUCAAUCAACGGUCUAUGACUUUAUUUUUGUCCAAGAUAUUGCCAAUGUCAUCAUGCAAACUGAUCGAUUUUAUAAGGGAUCUGCGCAAGCAUCGGAACAGAGUGCUGAAUUACAUCCGAGUCUUAAUUUAAUAACAGAUGAAACAAGUAACCGUCAAAUAACACAAGUGCAGUUUACUUUAAACGCAAUUCCAGCAUUUAACUCAGCAUCGCGUGGAUGUAUUUGUACCAUCAACCCACAUUGUGAAUGGCCAGCUGCUAUCUUUGAAACGAAUUAUAUCGAUCCUUUCAACAAAAGCGCCGACAUCGUAUACCAGAUACCAGGUUGGAUGCGAAGCUGCUCUACCAUGGAUUCACUUUUACUUUCCACGCUUCGGUGUUUCUACCAAGAUUCAUAUUGCUUUCUAAUUAUAUUGGGCUACAUAGGCAUACCUGAGCAUAAUUUUUUAGAUCUUUUGUCAACAUUUUAUCUACGACCUCUCGUUUAUGAUCCAACAAGAGAUCGUCAUCCACCUGACAAAGCUUUGUCGGCUAUUGUUAAACAAAUGAUGAUCGAACAAUGGAAUCCGGUGUCAUCGUAUGAGCAAUUCUAUAAAUCAUGUGCGCCAUUAUAUUGCUCUUAUUCUCAAACAAAUCGAAAAGCAUCUUUUAUUAGCGUAGUUACGACACUAGUGUCGAUGGUAGGUGGUCUUGUCGUUUCACUACGUCUUUUAACACCCCAUCUUGUUAACUUCGUUUCGAAAUUGUUGAAAAUGUUCAAAGGCAAAAGAGAACACAGAACGCAAGUUAUAGUGCGACCUAACUUUCUCAAUCAAGUGAAAAACAUAGUAUUAAAGCUCACUAAACUCUUACGCACAACUCUAGUCGAGUUAAAUAUAUUUACACUACGCGACUUUGACAGUCGUGUUGAUCGAGUCACAGCAAAACAGUUUGGCCGGUGGGCGACUCGUCUCUACUUGAUUUUAUUUACUGGUUCCAUCAGUAUUUUAUUGUUCUACGGAAUUGCACAACCACAAUCUUCAACAACAAACUUUGACCGACCAAAGUUCGCUUUCUACAAUGAUUUGAGAAACCGCUAUAAUGACGAAUUGAAAUGUACAUGUUCAGUCAUAUCAUCGAAAUAUGAUCAAUUCGUGCAAGUCGAACCGAUAUUUCAUCCAAUUUGUUCGAGUCUAUUCAUAUCAGAAGAAUGGCGACUCGAUUUAGUAAAUGGGCUCUCUCUCAAUUUAACCGAAUAUAAGCAGACCGAUUAUCGUCGAUUUAUUUUUGCUCAUUUGCAAUAUCUCCAAGGUCUAUGUCGUCUUUCCAUGGGGCCAGUCAAUAAUACGAUUCAUGAACUUCUGUCAUCAUUGUUAGUUACUAUCGAGCUUCUGUCCGAGGACAGUUUUCGAGAACAUGUGGACAUGUUUAUCAAACACAGUUCAAUAUGCUCUCUGUAUCUAUUCGCUUCACUUCGCAAGGCAUCAGUCACAACACUUGAAUCCAAUCCUGCACUCGAAACUUACAAUUCAUUAGAAUCGAUAUAUUCAGCAACACUUCGAUGUCCAUGUGCGAAUAAAGCAAUACCUUACAACAAUUUUCUCACGUUUUCUCCAGUGUUUCAUCCCAUAUGUUCCAGUAGCUUUGUUCACCCAAAUUGGAUUAGAAUGCUGAAGUCGUCGUAUUAUCAUAUUCCCCACGGUAAUGACUGGCGGACUGAAGCAUAUAUACAAUUUCAAAUCUUGUCUGAUCUUUGCCAAUCAGCCAACAAGACAAUUAUUGAUGCUAUUAGCCGCUUUAUCAACCAAUUCUUUAUUGCAUCAUCAAUGAUGAAUACAACGGAUUUUGCUAAUCAGCUGAACGCAACUCUCGAUCAGUUUUAUCAAUCAAUAGUCUAUGAGUUUAUUUUUGUCCAAGAUAUUGCCAAUCUCAUCAUGCAAGCUGAUCGAUUUUAUAAGGGAUCUAAGCAAGCAUCGGUGCAGGGUGCUGAAUUACGUCCGAGUCUUAAUUUAAUAACAGAUGAAACAAGUAACCGUCGAAUAAUACAAGUACAGUUUACUUUCAACGAGAUUCCAGAAUUUAACUCAGCAUCGCGUGGAUGUAUUUGUAUCAUCAACCCACAUUGUGAAUGGCCAGCUGCUAUCUUUCAAACGAAUUACAUCGAUCAUUUAAACAAAAGCACCGGCAUCGUGUACCAGAUACCGGGUUGGAUGCGAGGCUGCUCUACCAUGGAUUCACUUUUACUUUCCACGCUUCAGUGUUUCUACCAAGAUUCAUAUUGCUUUCCAAUUGUAUUGGGCUAUAUAGGCAAAUCUGAGAACGAUUUUUUAGAUCCUUCGUCCACAUUUUAUCUACGACCUCUCGUUUAUGAUCCAACAAGAGAUCGUCAUCCACCUAACAAAGCUUUGUCGACUAUUGUCAGACAAAUGAUGAUCGAACAUUUGAAUCCGAUCUCAUCGUAUGAGCAAUUCUAUAAAUCAUGUGCGCCAUUAUAUUGCUCUUACUCUCAAACAAAUCGAAAACCGCCUUUUAUUGGCGUAGUUACGACACUGGUGUCGAUGAUAGGUGGUCUCGUCGUUUCACUACGCCUUUUAACACCUCAUAUUGUUAACUUCACUUUGAAAUUGUUGAAAAUGUUCAAAGGCAAAAGAGAACACAGAACACAAGUUAUAGCGCGACCUAACUUUCUCGAUCAAGCGAAAAACAUAGUAUCGAUGCUGAUGAAACUCUUACGCACAACUCUAGUCGAGUUAAAUAUAUUUACACUACGCGACUUUGGCAGUCGUGUUGAUCGAGUCACAGCAAAACAGUUUGGCCGCUGGGCGACUCGUCUCUACUUGAUUUUGUUUACUGGUUCCAUCAGUAUUUUAUUAUUCUACGGAAUUGCACAAUCACAACCUUCAACAACAAACUUUGAGCGACCAAACUUCGCUUUCUACAAUGAUUUGAGAAAUCUCUAUAAUGAUGAAUUGAAAUGUACAUGUUCAGUCAUAUCAUCGAAAUAUGAUCAAUUCGUGCAGGUCGAACCGAUAUUUCAUCCAAUUUGUUCGAGUCUAUUCAUAUCAGAAGAAUGGCGACUCGAUUUAGUAAAUAGGCUCUCUCUCAACUUAACCGAAUAUAAACAGACAGAUUAUCGUCGAUUUAUUUCUGCUCAUUUGCAAUAUCUUCAAGGUCUAUGUCGUCUUUCCAUGGGGCCAGUCGAUAAUACGAUUCAUCAACUUCUGUCAUCAUUGUUAGUUACUGUCGAGCUUCUGUCCGAGGACAGUUUUCGAGAACAUGUGGACAUGUUUAUCAAACACAGUAGAUCCAACGCUCCAGUGGUGCUGUCUCGUUUUCUUCUGUUCACUCAAAAUAUAUUCCAUGGGAACGCUUUCAUAUCAACUUAUGGUACAAACUUCGAAUACGUGGUUGAAAUGGCCCAUGAAUGGUCAGGAUACGUACUAACGAGACCAGUUGAGUACGAUAACAAUUGCUCCUGUGGAAUGUCAUCAAGUUGUUCAACUCAAGCCGUUUUCAUCGAAAGGAAUCUUUCAAGAACAAUACCGAUCAAUGGUAUGAAAAUGGGCUGUACUCCAAGCCAAUCAUUUCUUUCUUCGACUCUUGAGUGUUUUUAUAACCAAUCAUGUCUCAAUCUGAUCCAGCACUAUACUGGCUCGAACACAUUGCCAGGCCCUCUUCUCGCGGAAAAAAGUCGCUUCUCCCCGAGUAACACAACAAUAGCUGAACUUGUGAAUGAAUUAUUUCUUGAAGAUUGGUCAAUAGAUAAGAAUUAUUCUUUGUACUAUGAACGAUGUUCGCUACUGGUCUGUUCUUAUACUAUCCUGGAAAAAUUCAAUAUCAUCUAUAUCAUCACUCUUGUACUUGGCCUUCAAGGUGGCAUAACAAUAGUCCUCAAAUGGUUUUGUCCAAAGAUGAUUCGCCUUGGAUUCAAAAUUUAUAAUCGACGAAAAAACCAAGUAACCGCUGUUGAUCCUGCUACGACCGAUGAUACAACUAUUCGACAAACGACCUUAAAUUCUGAAAUCAUACCAGCGAACAGUGCUGUGACACGCAGUCGAUCGUUUCGAAAAAUCAUGUGUACAGUCGUUCUUUUGAUAUGUGUAGCAAUUGGUAUUAGUUGCUUUUCGAUCUAUUAUGCAUACGAAAACCGUUUGACAACAACCAAUGCACCGAUAGCUGAUAAUUUCAGUACCACAACAACUAUUACGGCAAUGUCUACAACAUCGAAUGUAUCAGAACCAGUGUGCUUGUUUAAAUAUGAGCAGGUGCCAAUUGAUUCAUCAUGUUCAUUCAUAACUUCGCGUGCAACUGUUGUUAAAGAUAUCAAUGGUGACAAUCACAUCGAUUUAAUAUUUUCUUGUGGUGGAAUCAUAACUGAAAUGAUGCAUGUCUUACUCGGCAAUGGUAAAAGUUCUUUUCGACAAGUGUUCAUGUUUCCGCCGAGAGAUCUUCUUGACAAGAUAGGUUGGAUUCGCGUUGCCGAUUUAAACAACGACCAUCGAGCUGAUCUAGUUUUGGCUCAUUACAGGUACUCCGAAAUAAAUAUCACUAUACUGUUUGGCAAUGGAAAUGGUACGUUUCAAAUGGAAACUGGACGCUCUUUACUUUUAACUGGUUCUGUAAAACACAUCAGUAUAAUAGAUGUGAAUAAUGACACUAAGCUAGACCUCGUUGCUAUAGCUGAGUCCCCUAAUCACAUCAAUGUAUAUUAUGGCAAUGGGAAUGGAACGUUUUCAUCACGAUUAGUCUUGUUGAUUGGGAUCAAUAGUAUUGCCGACCAAUUAGCUGUUGCUGAUUUGGAUAACGACAAUUAUUUAGAUCUCAUUGUGAUGGACAUAGCUACUUUUAGUAUACAUGUGUUUUUUGGGGAUAACAGUGGAAGUUUUCAAUUACAUAAAUGGUUGUUAGUCUCCAUAACCACUUUUAAAACCACAAUGAUAGUCGCUGAUUUUGAUGGCGAUCUUCAAUCUGACAUUAUUUUAGCUCAGAGCCACAUAGAUACUGUUUUUGUGACCUAUCGAUAUAAUAAUGGUACCUUUCAUGAUAAGAAACAAAUUGUUAUGAAAUCUUAUUUACCAUUUCACUCAGUGACCUUAGGUGAUUUAAACCAUGAUAAACUUUUAGACAUUGUUGUCACUAAGGAUGGUCGUUAUGAGAUCUAUGGCUUUCUUCAAGAUCGAAACGGUAAUUUUCAAGUUCAAGCUAUCUAUUUAGGUAAAACAUAUGGUGACGAGUCUUGGAGUGAUGUGGAAGAUUUUAACAAUGACAACUGUCAAGAUAUAAUAAGUGUAUCGACUGAAUUUGAAAUGAGAAGCAUAUUUUUGAAUACGUGUGAAUGUCCUUGA